UGACCCGCACUUGUAUAGUGCCUCUCAGAGUAAGGACUCCAAGCGCUUUACGCUACAGUGUAUCAUUCAUACAUUCACACACACAUUCACACACUGAAGGUGAUGAGCUACGAUGUAGCCACAGCUGCCCUGGGGCGCACUGACAAUAAUAUAAUAUAAUAUAAUACAAUACAAUAUAAUUUAAUAUAAUAUAACAUAACAUAAUAUCUCAAUAUAUAAUAUGCACUGGCAGUUUAAGGGUUAAUGGUGUUUUGCUGUGAAUUAGAGGAAAGCUUGGACGUGCUUUUGAAGGAAAACAGAAGAUAUCUUUCGUUUAUUGGUGGUGGCCUGGUGGUCGUAUGUAUGACGUCAUUUACUUCAAUGCUUGGGAGUGACAUCAUAUGUACGGCUGCUAAACUGCUACACGGGACGUCGUUUCUCACUUUAAGAGGGGGAAGGUAAGAGUAUUUUGAUCUUCUUCUGACUGAUGGAGUUGUACUUUUCAUAUGUGAUAAGACAUGUGGACACAAUCCUUGCAAAGUGUUCCUCAAACCAUUCGUGAAAUGCAAAUAUGUAAGCCUGGCACUCAGAGAGGCUUAAUUUUCAGCCAACAAUCAAAAAGAAAGAAAGAGAUAAGUCCCAGCAAUAUGGUUUCUUUAUCUUUCGGUAAGCAGCUUGAUCUAAAUCAGCAUUUCACACCAAGCACUUUUUUAUUUUAACACUUCCUCCAAAUACAAACAACAGAGAAGUAUUAGGAUUCAUCUGGAGAAAACCAGCUGCUUUUCUCCUUUUGUGCACAUUUUAAUGAGAAACACACUCAUGGGAAGAUCAAGGAGACACUGUGAUCACAUACACUGCCUGUCCAAAAAAGAGUCGCCACCUGGAUUUAACUAAGCAAAUAGGUACGAACCUCCAAUUGGAUAAUGACUGCAUGGGCCAUUAUCUUUCAGCUGGCAACAAGUAAGGUGUGAUUCACUGAAAAUCCUUUUUUAAUGAUUAUUUCUGAUUAUAAUCAGACAGAGUUUUUCAUGCAGGUUGAACAACUCCUCCACCUAUCUCCUGCAUUAGCUUGUGAUUGUCACUCAACAUUGAUGGACUCACUCAUCUCAGAGGAAGGCUGUUGUUGUUUUUACGUCCGAGAAUUAGCAACAGACGUCUCGGCUAGCAUAAGUUAACCGUUAGCAUUAGCAACUUCACCACAUAGCUACAGGGCUUGUUGCAGUUGGUCAGGUCUAGGUUCAGCAACAGGAUGUGCUCCAAGAAUGAGGUCAGCUUACUACCUGAAUAUCCUGAAUGACCGGGUUAUUCCAUCUUCCUUGAUGGCAUGGGCAUAUUCCAAAAUGACAAUGUCAGGAUUCAUCAGGCUCAGACAGUGAAAGAGCGGUUCAGGGAGCAUGAGACAUCAUUUUCACGCAUGGAUUGGCCACCACAGAGUCCAGACCUUAACCCCACUGAGAAUCUUUGGGAUGAACUGGAGAAGGCUUUGUGCAGCGGUCAGACUCUACCAUCAUCAAUGCAAGAUCUUGGUGAGACAUUAAUGCUACACUGGAUGGAGAUAAAUCUGGUGACGUUGCAGAAGCUUAUUGAAACAACUCCACAGUCAAUGUGGGACACUUUGGUAGUUUUAUCAUCUCAGCUGAUUCUGUUUACAAAAGUGAAACUUACUGCCCGUGUUCAUUUUAACUUUCAAUAUAGAUGCCGGGUGGAGCUCGGCGGUGAUUCCACACGAGAUCAUGACACCACUCUCUGUUGUGCAGUCCAGUAUGAUUACUACCAAGCUUGAUGGCAUGACAGCCGUAAAAUUGUUGCAUUGCCAUUCCACCACUGCGCUUUCAAAAGACACACCGUGGCACCAGUUUUACGCUGAUUUACUGGCACGGUGUGUUUUAUGAAAAUGGCUACGUUUACAAUCUGCCCCAUACUUCCUGGUUCCAGAGUCUGCGCUGACAUUUGUAACUGACACCAGCUAGCAAAACAGUAGAGUUGUCACGAUAGAUAAAGGCAGCACCCCAAAGACGCCACGGCAUUUUCUUUUAUAAACAUUAAUUAAUAUCAGGUGAAACAAGCUAACGUUGAGCUAACAAUGCUAACGGUGAAUUAGAAGCUAAUGGUCGGACGCAUAAGAGACCUGGAUGAUGAAGCUCAAUGGUUAAAGGAAUCACUGAAGCGGUGUGAAGCGCUCCGUCGCGCGUCUAGGCGGUACCGUAGGAGGUGAGCCGCCAUGGUUCGCCGUAUGCUACAGGAGUGAGCUAUCUAGGUACGCACAGCGUCCCCCGGUCCCCUCCUCCUCCCCCUCCCCCUUGUCCGGAACUCUACCUCACCAGUCUGAAGCAGCCACCCUGUCCGUAACAAGUCUGGACCUGUUACUAGGGGCUUCGUCCGGUUAAAUUCCGGAACACGUUAUCCGGAUGUUUGUAUUCAGACACAAAGGUCUUACGGACAGAGUCUGGAACAUUUCCGUUUUCAUGGCCUGUCUGAAGGGGGCUCAUGACUUUUACAACUCAUAAGCUUACAAUAAUCAUGUGAUGAAUGAACAAGAUGUUUAAAUGAAAUGUUUGAAUAACCUGUGCUUAAAUCAAUGAAUUUAUGUUCUUACAAUGAUCCAUUUAUAUCACAAAUCAGUAUGUGAUUGAUUUAACAAGUUAAUCUUUGUUUACACUCAUACACAUUACGAUAAGAUGCUCAUUGAGUUUAAUAUUCACCUCACAUAGGAGUUUUAAAGAUUCUUAUUCACAGUGUUAAAAACAUCUUUGUAUCUGCAAGAAGGCGUGGCUUUCUGAGGGAUGUUGGUAAAUACUCAGAAACGUGUCAAAUUCUGAUAAGCCAAACUUGGCCAGAAAUCAUAACAAAGUAGUUUAAUAAAACAAGAAUUACUUCCUGAUUCAUUCGGUUUCCAGCUGACCCCGAUUUGGCCAAAUCGGGAAAGAAGCCUCUUUUGAAACAAACUCCUUUGACCUUAAGUCAAAAACCUUUCUGCAACGCUGCAAGUGAUCACAGACACAACAGCUCUUCAGAGCUACUUCACACCCGAGACACCUAACCUGCAGACCCCGGGUUGCAUCUCAUGGCCGGGGAAGCUGAACUCAGAGUAAGCUACUAAUCUCUGAGCAUCGUGGUUUUGACGUCUGGUGACCUCACCACUCUGACUGCAACCCUCUGGACCACUGGGAGCAACUCAUACAAGUGUCACGCAAGCCUGCAUACUGGUGUCUAAUGAGGCCUAUAAAUAAACAACUCUCUAGUUUAUAACAAACAACAAAUUCUUUUACACCCAGAUUUCACAAUUCAAUUCAAGUUUAUUACUAUUGCGCCACAUCAUGACAAGAGUCGUCUCAAGGCACUUCACAUAAUUAAACAUUCCAGUACAGGUCAGUUCAUUAAGCCAAUCAGAAAAAAGUUUCUCUCAGAUACAAAGAACGGUUGUUACAACCUUUAGCUUCCCUCAUAAUACCUCAGAUCCACCAUAUCACAUCUCAUUAUUCAUAUCUUGUCAUGUAUAAAUUAUUAGUUAAGGAAAAAUAAUUAAAUUCAUUCUAUAAACUUUAACUGACUCUGUCUGCAUUGAUAGGAAGUGUGUUUAUGGUCCCUGAAUAAGCAAAGAAACCUAGAAUCUUCUGAUUAAACAUUCAAAGAUCAGAUCGACAGCAGGAAGUGAACCAACCUCAGACCUGAGCAUUGGGAAGUGGCAGAGAGAGCCUUUGCUAAUCCGGGGUAAACACACGUGUCUUGAGCUGUUCAGAACCAGAGAAAACAGAACAGGUAUAUUUUGCGCCCAUAUGUGGGAUGGGUCUCUGUGCUGGCCCGAGACACCAGCUGGGACAUCGGUUACACAAAACUGUCCAGAAUGGCCUGACCUAGAGGGAACUGAAGAAGUGACCAAAUAUUGUGAUGAAUCUGGUAACUGGGGACAGACAGGUUCCACCUGUGAAGGUGCCUUAAAGGACAAACCACAGGAGUUAGACUUUUUAAACGAUGCUGCAGAAGAGCCAAUGAAGGAGGCGGCACGAGUUUGGACCGAAAAAAUUAUCCUUGAAAAUGAGAAAAAAUGCCUCGAAAAAAUGAAGCAGGAUCCGCCUUAUAAUAAAUCAGAUUUUUCUUCUAUUUCCUCCUGUUUUGGGGGAUCAGGUCUGCACUGCAGUCGUAACUGGGACGGAUGGUUGUGCUGGGACGAUACUCCAGGAGGGAACUACGCUCUCCAGAACUGUCCACGUUACUUUGAUGACUUCGACCCAACAGAAAAGGUGUCUAAGUACUGUGGAGCAGACGGACAGUGGUUUCAUCACCCAAAGACCAAUAAAGUUUGGACCAACUAUACUCUGUGCUCAACCACCCAUGACAAGAACCUGAGGCUCCAGAUGUAUGAAAAUGAACACAAGUGUCUCCGUAGAAUGAAAGACGACCCACCCUUCAGCAAAGCAGGUCUGUACUGUGGUCGUUACUGGGACGGCUGGUUGUGCUGGGACGACACCCCGGCAGGUUCCUACGCAUCUCAGAGGUGCCCUGACCUCAAACAAGCUGAAAAUGUAACACAGUUCUGUGGAGAAGACGGUCAGUGGUCUCUCAGCGAGAGCAACUCUACUCUGUGUUUGGGCAACAACAAGGGGAAAGUGAGGGCAGCUGCCCAGUUUUCCAGGGACACAGAGGUGGAGCCCACAGGGGAAGUCACUGUUAGUCCAGUGGAUCACCAACAGAACCAGGAAAUAGUACGAAAAAAGAUCCUGGACAACCAGUACAAAUGUUUUGAGAAGAUGAAUCGAGAUCCUCCUUACAACAAAUCAAGUCCAUAUUGUAAUCGUAACUGGGAUGGCUGGUUGUGCUGGGAGGACACCCCGGCUGGAAUAUUCACGUCCCAAAAUUGUCCUAACUACUUUGAUGACUUUGACCCGACAGAGAAAGCAACUAAAUAUUGUGGAGAAGAUGGGCAGUGGUUCCGCCACCCAGACACCAACAGGACCUGGUCCAACUACACUCUCUGCAAUGAAAACACCAAGGCAAAGCUGAGGUCUGCCUUCAUCCUGUUUUACAUGACAAUAGUCGGCCAUGCUUUAUCCAUCGCCUCUCUGCUUAUCUCUCUGGCCAUCUUCUUCUACUUCAGGAGUCUGAGCUGUCAAAGAAUCACCCUCCACAAGAACCUCUUCUGCUCCUACGUGCUGAACUCCGCCCUCACCAUCUUCUAUCUGGUCACAGUGGUCAACAAUCCCGAAGUGGUGGCCAGAAACCCAGUGGGCUGUAAGGUUCUGCACUUCUUCCACAUGUACAUGUUGGGCUGUAACUAUUUCUGGAUGCUGUGUGAGGGCAUCUACCUGCACACUCUCAUCGUGGUGGCUGUGUUUGCUGAGGAGCAGCAUCUGCACUGGUACUAUCUCUUGGGCUGGGGCUUUCCUCUUGUACCCGUGUCCAUCCACGCUGUAGCCAGAAAAAAGUACUUUGAUGACAACUGUUGGAUGAGUGUGGAGACCCAUCUGCUCUAUGCGGUUCAUGGGCCCAUCGUGGCAGCACUUCUUGUAAACCUCUUCUUCCUGCUGAAUAUCAUCAGAGUUUUGGUCACCAAGCUAAGAGAUACGCACCGAGCAGAGUCUAACAUGUACAUGAAGGCCGUGAGAGCCACUUUGAUCCUUGUACCCCUGCUGGGAAUACAGUUUGUCAUUUUUCCCUGGAGGCCGGAGAACCAGCUGGCUGGUGAGGUCUACGAGUAUGUCAUGCACAUCCUCAUGCACUACCAGGGUUUACUGGUAGCAACAAUAUUCUGCUUCUUCAAUGGAGAGGUGCAGGCAGUUCUGAAGAGACAGUGGAUGCAGUGCAAAACCCAAUGGGGUCAGAGACGAAAGGACCACUGCUCGAUGCGCUCCACGUCGUACACGGCCACCUCCAUCACCGAGGUGCCCUCCUUCACGUACCACCAUGACUGUAACAUGGAGCACCUGAACGGGCGCCACACAGAGGACUCGGAGCUGGUGGCGCUCAAAUCAGGAGAUACGUACGCUUAAACCAGUCGGACAUCUAGAGUACACUUCAGUGACUACACUUCAGAAGCUGCUGGUCGGUUCAGCACAGGACGAUCAAACUGGUCUGGAGGGAUUAAAGGACAAGGCUGAUGCAUUUUACAGUUGACCUUCUCAUUGCUGCUGCAGCAGCUGCUUUUGGUGUCCAGAACUUUGGUUGUGGGGGAAGAGCAGCUUUGUGACUAAUAUCUUAAAGCUGCUAAUCUGUGUGUGGAUGCAUCACGAUGGAGUGGAACCAGAUAAACCAGUAAGGGAGGCUCUUUCUAUUGAAGCAGUCACGAUGGUAGCAGUUACACGAUGAUGAUGAUGAUUCUUAUUAUCGAGCAGAAGGUCCCAUCAUUCCUGACCUCAUCUACCAAAGGGUGCUGUUUGUUAAUCACAACCCUGAAGGUGCACUAACCCGAAGCAUGAUGCAGAAGUUGAAACCUCUGAUGCAUUCUGGGAGGAAAAUCCACCAACAGUCGCGACACAGCGGAGGUGAAAUGUUCAACCACCUUCUACUUCAGAGCUGUGGACCUGUCUAGAAAUAUACUUUGUCAUUUGAGAUGUUUAAAUGUUUUAGAAAGAUUAAAUUUUCCUUUCUCUGUUAUGCUAACUUUGUGCUAAGUG